AGGCACUUAGCAACUAGUUCGAAGAAAAAUUAUUAUCGGAUUUGAGAACAAAUGCUAGUACAGUUUGCAUUAGAUCGCACGCACGUGAACAUCUUUCGCAUUCUAUCAUUCUAAUGUGUUAUUAUUAUUCAAUAUUAUUAAAUUAUUAUCAAUAUUAUAUAACAAAUAUAGCAAAAGCUUAGUUCAGUUUAUUAAAAGUCACAGUGAAUUGUAUAUAUUAUAUUAUAAUCAUGAUAUUCUAUUUAUCCUCUUUGCUUUUGGUUUUAUGUAUCUUUCAUAUAAUUACUCGAUAUAAUCGAAGAGGAAGAUUGUUAAGUAAAAUACCAGGCCCAACAGCUUAUCCCAUAGUAGGUAAUCUGUUGAUGUUUAACAUGAGUAGCAUGCAUGAUUUUUGGCAAUUAGGUAGAUUAACUAUGAAAAAGUAUUAUCCAAUUACAAGAUUUUGGGGCCUUCAUAGUGCGUUAAUCUCCGUUGGUCAUCCUGAAGAUUUAGAGAUUUUACUGAGCAGCCAAAAAGUCAUUGAAAAAGGUUAUGUGUAUUGGUAUCUGCAACCUUGGUUGCGAACUGGAUUAUUGACAAGCACAGAUGACAAAUGGCGCCAAAGGCGAAAAAUUUUAACACCAGCAUUUCAUUUUAGUAUUCUGCAAAAAUACUUUGAUAUCACGAGUGAACAAGGAGAAAGAUUUAUCGAAGAUUUGAAAGCAGAAGGCGACGAAACCAUCAAGAGUUUAAUGCCGUUAUGUUCAAACUAUACUUUAAAUAUUAUCUGCGAAUCAAUACUAGGUGUUGUAUUGAAUAAAAUGAAUGAUCAAGAAGUAAAAAAAUAUAAGCAAGCUAUUCUUGAUGUAGGGUCUGUAGUGCUGUACAGAACCGUGCGACCAUUCAUAGCAAAUUGGAUGUUGCCUUUCGUGUGGAAAAUUGGGCAUAUGCAAAGAAACGCGUUGAAAAUUUUGCAUGAUUUUACUGACAAGGUUUUAAAAGAAAGAAGAAAAUACCAUGAAAGCACUGGAUACAGAUACUUGAAUGACGAGUACACUGGCGAAGUAAAAUAUGAUUUGGGCAUAGGUCGUAAAAGAAGAUUAGCUAUGCUAGAUCUUCUACUUGCAGCUGAGAAAAAUGGUUUAAUUCAAGAAGAUGGAAUAAAAGAGGAAGUUGAUACUUUUACUUUUGAGGGUCAUGAUACGUCAUCCAUGGCAAUGACGUUUACACUAAUGUUACUUGCCGAGAAUAAAGAAGCACAGGAUCUAGCUAGAGUGGAAGUAAUUCGUGUAUUAGACAAAAGUGGAGGUAAAAUUGGAGUAACGGAGAUUCAAGAAUUACAUUAUCUCGAAAGGUGUCUGAAAGAAUCGUUUCGCCUUUACCCACCUGUAGCAACCUUGAUGAGAUAUGUUUCAGAGGAACUUGAAUUAAAGAAUGCAACUGUACCGGCAGAUUCACAUGUUAUGAUUCAUUUUUGGGACACUCAUAGGGAUGUCAAUUUCUGGCCAGAACCCGACAAAUUUGAUCCUGACAGAUUUCUACCAGAAAAUGCAAAAAAUCGACAUCCUUAUGCUUAUGUACCCUUUAGUGCAGGACCUCGCAAUUGUAUCGGUCAAAAAUUUGCAAUAAUGGAGCUCAAGUCAUUAAUUGCUCGCAUUUUGUAUGAUUUUUACUUAGAACCAGUUGAUCGAACAACUGAUAUGAGAUUGAUUGCAGACAUUAUAUUGCGACCAUUAGAUCCAGUUCAUUUGAAGUUUAUCAAAAUAAAUAAAUGUUAAUAUUUACUGUAAUUUUAUACCUGACAUAUAUCAGAUUAAAGUUUAAUGCUCAACACAA